AUGGCUGAGACUGCCAAAAAAUUCCCGGAUGUCUCUGAAGUCAUCUCAAAAGUGAACGGGGGCAUAAAGAAGAGGCUGCUGCACGGUGACAUUAUGCCAAACUUACGCCGGAACGCGGCUCCGUGCACGGCCGAAGGCUGCAAGUGGCCUAAACAUAAAAAAUAUGUGUAUGUGCCCGUCUCCAUCUCCUCCAAAUACACCAAAGACGAGCACAUCACCAUCAUCAAGAGCCUACUGACCUUCCACAAAACCACCUGCAUCCGCUUUGUGUGGAGGCGCUGGUGGCAUCGUCAUUUCCUCUACUUCUUCCCUGGGACUGGAUGUUGGUCGUACCUGGGCCGUCAGAGACGGGGACAGGCCAUCUCCUUAAAGCAGGACGGCUGUUUGUACUGGGACACCAUCCAGCAUGAGGUGCUCCACGCUCUGGGUUUCCACCAUGAACAAGUCCGGUCCGACAGAGACGAGUACAUCUCCAUCCAAACCGAGAACAUCCUGCCAGGUUUAGAAGAAAACUUUGAAAAGGUUGCCACUAACAACUUGGAAACUCCUUAUGACUACCAGUCUGUCAUGCAUUACAGCAAAUACGCCUUCUCCAAAAACGGGAAGCCAACCAUCCUGGCUAAGAGUGAUCCUGAAAUGAUUCUGGGACCGGCCAAAGGGAUGAGCAGAAACGACACUGAUCGUGCCAACAAGCUUUACAAAUGCUAACCAGGAGAUCCGUGACGGACAGGUGGAUGGGUUCUUUCUCUCUCAGUGAAAGCCCAGAUCUGCAGGACUGUCACGUGAAAAUAUUUCUGCAAAACCAGACAAACAAAUCAAGUCUGAGCUUGUCUGUGUGGAAUAUUAUGGGUAUCUUUACUUAAUAAUAGUCAUCUUAAAUCUGACUCCUCGUGCAUAAGUGACUGUCUAAUAAAGGUUUGAUUGUCUAAUAAAGUUUUGACUGUCUA